CUGCCGCACACAAACGAGUCCCGCGCGCGCUGCUCGCUUUCUUUUCUCUUAUUUCACCCCUCUCUCUCUCUCUCUCUCUCUCUCUUUUAAAUUCCUCAUUUUUGUCACGUCGGGUUUCUUUUUUUUCUUCUUUUUUUUUGUUCUUUGCUCGAUUUACCCUGAAACUUUUCGCGCGAGAAAUUAAACGCGGCUCGGAUUUGUUUAAAAAAAAAAAAAAGAGACGACGUUUUGUUUUGGAGAGAGAGGGAGAGAGAGAGAGAGGGAGAGAGAGAGAGAGGGAGGAAAUUCCUCCGCCAUUGACUGCAAAAGGACGCUUCAACUUCACCGAGCAGCUCGUGCGGAGGAAACUUUGUUUCGGAGAGAGUUGUGUUUGAAGGAAGCCCCGGUGAUUUAGAGGGAUGAUGCACCGGGAGGAACUCACACCGGAAACCUGACGAGGAGGAGGAGGAUGAAGAACGGACAGCGCGCGCGUUUCGGUGCCGUUACAGAGUGAAAUGCACGAGCUGUUUGUGUCUGUGCAGCAGCAAGACGGAUGGAUCGCUACUACGGAGAGGAUCCGGCGCGCAGAGCGGGCGAGCUGAUGGAGAACCUGUCGCUGCGCGAGUCUUACCGGGACAUGAGAGCGGAGCUCGAGCCGGACGUGGACUUCGGGCUCCCCGAGCACAAGAGCAAGCGCGCGCACAGAGACGCCUUUUACGUGGACGACGCGUACUGUAGCGCGAGAUCCGAAGUUGCUUUGCCGUGCUACGGCGGCGAGCGGCACCGGAGAUCAUGCGUUCACGCGAGCCCGCGCUCGAGCCUCGCGGCGCCCGGGCAGCAAGAGAAGUGCGGAAGCCCGCGCUCGAGUCUCGCGCACUGCGACGGCAGCGGCGCUCUGAGCCCGCGCUCGAGCUACGCGAGCACGUCCAGCGACGCCAGCAAGCCCUCGAGCCCCGGAUACGUCUACGAGUGCGCGAGCAGACCGAGCAGCAACCGCACGAGCGGCGUCAGCAUGGGCUACGACCAGCGGCACGCGAGUCCCCGCUCCAGCAUCUGCGGUCCGAGCAGCGCCGGACUGACCCUCAGCCCCCGGUCCAGCAUCUCCAGCCACAGCUCCAGGAGCUCGCGGAGCUCGCGUGGCUCCAUGGGCGCGUGCCCGGAGCUGCUUGUCGCCUCGUCGCCUCGCGCGUCCCUGCUGGAAGACGCGCUGCUGCAGGACACCGGCGAGGCGGGCGGGCUUCACCGCGCGCACCUUCAUCCGUUCACUGUGCCGGAAGAGACGCACCACGGUGCCUCGGCGAGAGCUCGCGCCCCGGCGCCCAAACUGAAGCUGCCCUACCAGGUGACCCCUGCGCGUGAGAGCGGCGCGAGCCAGGCGGAGAGGAGGCUCGAGGCCCUCACUCUGGAGCUCGAGCGGGAGCUGGAAAUGCACAUGAAGAAGGAAUAUUUCGGUAUCUGUGUCAAAUGUGGGAAAGGGGUGUAUGGAGCAAGUCAGGCCUGCCAAGCGAUGGGGAAACUCUACCAUACUAACUGUUUCACCUGUUGUUCAUGUGGGAGGAGACUGAGAGGAAAAGCAUUCUACAAUGUGAACGGAAAAGUCUACUGUGAGGAGGACUUCCUGUAUUCCGGCUUCCAGCAGACGGCGGAGAAAUGUUUCGUGUGUGGACACCUCAUCAUGGAGAUGAUCCUCCAGGCUCUGGGGAAGUCCUACCACCCAGGUUGUUUCCGCUGUGUGGUGUGUAAAGAGGGAUUAGAUGGAGUUCCCUUCACUGUUGACGUUGAGAAUAACAUCUACUGUGUAAAAGACUAUCACACAGUCUUUGCUCCAAAAUGUGCAUCGUGUGGUCAGGCCAUCCUUCCAGCUGAGGGCUCAGAGGAGACCAUACGGGUCGUGUCCAUGGAUAAAGACUACCAUGUAGAGUGUUAUCACUGUGAGGACUGUGGCCUUCAGCUGACGGAUGAAGAGGGCCACCGCUGUUACCCGUUAGAGGGUCACCUGUUGUGCCACGCCUGCCAUCUGCACCGGUUAAAAGCUUCCGGUCCCGCCCAGGCACCUACCAGCUAUCCGCUUCAUGUCACUGAGCUGUGAACACACACAGACACACACACACACACACACACACGCAGACCAGACAGCGCCACGAAGAGAGACGUGCGACGUUCGUUGCUGCUCCAACCAUCCGCACCUUCAAUGAGACGAGGCACAGACAGACAGACAGACAGGAAAUGCUCUCUGUCUCUCUUUCUGUCUCCCUCUCUGUCUGUCUCUUUGCAGCUGCACCCUGGAAUGAUGUCACAGACUCGAACUUUGACCCCCUGUUCCCACUUACAGGACACAACCAGCAUAUACAGCUACAUUCCGAGAAAGGAAAAAUCCUUACAAGUGGCCUUUCACUGAAAAUCCCGCACUUAAGGUUUUGUUUUUGUUGUUUUUUUCUCCACUCAUUGCCUUCGAGUUGCACCAUUAAUAUCUGUACACCAUUUUGUAUUCAUAUGUAUACAUACACAGUAUGUGUGAUGUGAUGUGAUGUGAUCGUGGUAAGGAAUACAAUGUACGUACACACACACUGCCUUAACAUAUCAUAUUUAACUCUAUUGAUAUUCACAGACAUAUUUUCUUUACACAAAUGUAGAGUUUUUCAUUUUUGUGCUCCACCGUUGGAGUUGACUUCAUGUGAUUUGGCGUAUCAUUUCCGAGCUGGUACUAGACUCCGGCGCUGUGUACAUUUUCCCGACACUGGUUUGUCUGGAAGGACACACACGCUGGAGAUGUGUUGCAGCUGUUGUGAUGGAAGAGUGGAUCGCUGUUCGGUCAUAGUUUUUUGGGGUUUUUUUCCUUGUCAAUGGAUCUGAUGUUGUGCUGAAGCUCAGAGGUGCUGGUUUCACCUAAGCUCCACAGGAUGGACGUGAUGUGUAUGUGAACAUUCCUAACAUGCAUUAGUGGCAGGGCCGUGUGUGUGUGUGUUGCCCCUUUUCCACCAAAGCAGUUCCAGGGCUGGUUCGGGGCCAGUGCUUAGUUUGGAACCGGGUUUUCUGUUUCCACUGACAAAGAACUGGCUCUGGGGCCAGAAAAACCGGUUCCAGGCUAGCACCAACUCUCUGCUGGGCCAGAGGAAAGAACCGCUUACGUCAGCGGGGGGGCGGAGUGGUUAAGACCAACAACAAUAACAAGACCGCGAAAGAUCGCCAUUUUUAAGCGACGAGAAGCAGCAGCUGUACAAACGCGAAGUCAUCCUUUAUUAUUGUUGUUGCUGCUGCUGCUUCUUCCAUGUUGUUUUUGCUUUGAUAUUCGCGCUAAGGUUUAUGCAAACGUAGCGACGUAACUGACGUAUACAGCGACGUAAUGACGUAUACAGCGACGUAACUGACGUCGCUUCCCUUAGCACCGCGAGCUAUGGAAAAGCAAACUGGUUCUCAGCUGGCUCGCGAGUUGAACGAGUUGUGAACCAGCACCAGCACUGGCCCCGAACCAGCCCUGGAACUGAUUUGGUGGAAAAGAGGCAUGAGUGUGUGUGUGUUAAAAUCCAGUGCGCUGAUGGCAACCUGAUGACAAACCAGCAAUGUCUCCUUGUUGUAGUUUUGUGUAUGUGUGUGUGUGUGUGUGUGUGUCCUAUCGGAGGCAUAGACAGGAGCCCUGCUGUAACGCUACUGAAUGGACACAGGCAGGCUGAAACCAAUCCUGUCUCCGACAUUAUCGUUUCUAACGCACACUUCCUAUGGUGCGAACAAUUCUACUCAAAAAUGCACGGAUAUUUUCUUUUCUUUUUUCCCAGAAAAGACGAGUCACGUUCAGAAUUCCACACAACGCUGAUGUUUCUCUCCAAUCAUUCCCAGAAAGGUCGUUUCGCCUUUACAAAACUGCAUAUUGUUUCCUCUCCACGAUGUCUUAAUACACUUAAUACAAAACAAUGUACUACUAUUUGAUAGAACACAGAUAGAGUCCCUGUAAAUAAACACCACUAGCGUUUAUUCUCUGCUUCUGUCCGACACGGCGGUGAGCCGUAGCUUUGUUUCUCGAGUGUAGAUCUCAGAACGCGUAUCUCACCUUCUUCUGCUUUUUGUAUCAUUCAAUGUUUUGAUUCCUUAGAUAUUUCAUAAAUAAAAAAGGAACGUAGAUUUAUUUAUCUAAACACGAAAAUAAGGUUUAAAGUUAUUUAAUGUUAUAAGAAGUUGGGACAUAUCAUUUAACCGUAGAUGAGAUAAUCUGCUUUUUCAAUAAAGUGGUUUUGUAGUUAACUUAA